UUUACUUGUAAUUACAAAUUAUAAAAUAUUAAUAUAUUUAAAAACAAAUCAGUUCUCUCCGGUUAGUAUUCCGGUAAUUUAAUUAUUUGUGUUGGUCAAUACCGAUAAAUCCGGAGGUUCCAAAUUUUUAAUGAACAAAGACAAUGGAUUCCACAAAGGAAACCUACAAUCCCAAUCCAAGGGACAGUUCCAAUAUAUUCUCGAUACUAUUUUUUGGGUUCACAUAUCCCAUAUUCAAGAAGGGCAUGAAGAAAGACUUUGACGUGGAAGAUUUGUAUAACCCGUUGAAAAAUGACAGAAGUACUCUUUUGGGAGAUAAAUUAGAAAGAAACUGGGAAAAACAAAAACUUAAACAAAAAGGCAAACCCAGCCUCCUCCGAGCAGUAGCAAUUACAUAUUGGUUCGAAUAUUUACGACUAGGAUUCCUCACAUUGAUAGGAGAUGUAGUUAUUCGAGUAAGCCAGCCUUACGUUUUGGGAUUGUUGCUCACCUAUUACAACCCAGAUUCUACAACCACUAAAGAACAAGCUCUAGGAUACGCUGGGAUGAUAGUUACUUUUAAUACUCUAACGUCGUUUAUUAAGAAUCAGUAUAUGAUGAAUUCUAUGCAUGCUGGUAUGCGAGUAAGGACUUCAGUGUGUGCUCUUAUUUAUAGAAAGGCCAUCAAAUUAAGCACUACUGCUCUUGGAAAAAGUUCAGUAGGAAAGAUUGUCAAUCUUCUUUCGAACGAUGUCAGCAGAUUCGAUUCAGCCUCGAUGUUGCUGCACCAAAUGUGGGUUGGACCAGUUUCGGCUAUAAUCAUUAUGUAUAUCAUUUUUCAAGAUAUUGGAUGGUCCGGAGCAACUGGUGUUGUUACUAUUGUGACAAUUAUGCCCAUGCAAGCGUAUAUUGGAAAAUUAUCAGCAAAAUAUAGAAGAAUGAUCGCUGGUAAAACAGAUGAAAGGAUAAGACUGAUGAACGAAGUCAUCGGAGGUAUUCAGGUGAUUAAGAUGUACGCAUGGGAAAUACCGUUUACAAAAUUAAUCAGCCUGGCUCGAAAAGCUGAAAUUAAUGUUAUUAGAAGAACCGCGUACAUAAGGGGUGUAUUUAUGGCCUUUAACUUAUUCAACAAUAGAUUCGCUUUGUUUGCAACUUUGGCUACCAUGGUAUUCACUAACAAAGCGGUCACGGCAGCUAGAGUGUACGUUUUUAUGUCAUAUUACCAAAUCCUAGCUAAUACACUAGCUGGAGUAUUCGUCAAUGGUCUUACACAAAUCGCCGAACUUUUAGUUUCCAUUAGCAGAAUCGAAGAAUUUCUCGAAAAUGAAGAACACAAAGAAUUACCUGCCCUAAGAAGAUCUGUAAGCUCGAACGUCAACGAAGAGGUGGUGUCAUGUAAGAACAUGGUUGCGUCCUGGAAUGAAAACUCACUUGAUCCUGUCUUUAAAAAAUCUAAAUUUUAAGCUUGGAAAAAAUACUCUGCUUGGUGUUAUUGGACCUGUUGGUAGCGGGAAAAGUUCAUUGCUACAGUCUAUUUUGGGUGAACUUGAUAUAGUUGAAGGAACCCUAGCCGUCCAUGGAACACUUUCCUAUGCCUCUCAAGAACCUUGGAUCUUUUCCGGCAGUAUUAGGCAAAACAUUCUUUUUGGUUCCGACUUUGACAAAGCCCGCUAUGAUGAAGUAUUAAAAGUAUGCGAACUGAGAAAAGAUUUUGAUCAAUUCCCCGACCGAGACUUUACUCUGAUAGGAGAGAAAGGUGCUAAUCUCAGUGGUGGGCAAAAAGCUAGGAUUAAUCUAGCUCGUGCUAUUUACAAAGAUGCGGAUAUAUAUUUAUUGGAUGAUCCACUUUCUGCUGUUGAUAGUAUUGUUUCAAAAGUAUUAUAUGAAGACUGCAUUAAUGGAUUUUUAGCUAAGAAAGCAAGGAUACUAGUAACCCAUCAAGUUUAUUAUUUAAACACUGCUAAUCACAUUCUAGUUCUUAAUAAUGGAGGUAUCGAAAUUGAAGGUACCUAUUCACAACUACUAAAAAGCGAUAACCCUCUAACUGUCCACUUAACCGAAGAAAUUGAAGAAAUUUUAAAACGUCAAAAGUCCCAAGAUUCUGCUAUAGAAGAACAGGAAGCUAGGAAGAUAAGCACGACAGAUGUUUCCAAAGUAAACGGAAAAAUGAAAGCCAUUGCCAAAGAAAUGCAAGAAGAAACGUCCAAAGGCAAAGUUAAAGGUUCCUUAUUCCUCGAAUUCUUUAAAUCAGGCAUGAGCAUCUGCGAAAUAGUAUUUUUAGUUUCUCUUCUUACUGUAGCUCAGGGCAGUGCCACUGUUAUCGAUUGGUUCAUUAGCUUCUGGACGAAUAUCGAAGAGUACCAGAUGACGUUAAACCGUACUGCAGUAAAUGGUUCAUUAAACUCUACCGUAGUUGAUGAAAGUGUACCAUUUUACAUGAACUGGAGUAGCCAAACUUGUUUGAUAAUCUAUGGAGCCAUUUUAUUGUUUUGCUUGGUUACGACAUUAUCGAGGUCACUUAGUUUCUACAAAUUUAUUCUAAAUUGUUCUGAAAAUUUACACGGCAUGCUAUUCACUGGAGUGACUAAUACAUAUAUGAGGUUUUUCGAUAAAAAUCCAAGUGGAAGAAUCUUGAAUCGGUUUUCAAAGGAUAUUGGUUCCGUAGAUGAAAUCUUGCCCAGAAUGUUAUUCGAAGCUGCUAGAAUCACUCUCAAAAUGCUUGGACACUUGGCAUUAGUUCUUUAUGUAAACCCGGCAUCAGUUAUCGUUGUAAUAAUAUUGGGAAUUUUGUUUUCAUUUAUCAGGAUAGUGUAUCUCCGAUCGUCCAACAAUAUUAAGCGGCUGGAAGGAAGAAUGAAAAGUCCAGUCUUCAGUCAUCUAACAGCUACAUUGGAAGGACUAACGACCAUAAGAGCCUUUAAAGCUCAAAACAUUCUUAGGGCGGAAUUCGACAAGCACCAAGAUAGUCAUACCAGUGCAUGGUUUAUGUUUAUAAGUACCAGUUCUGCGUUUGGAUUUUCAUUGGAUGUUAUCUGUCUGAUGUUCAUUGGAUCGUUAACCUUUAGCUUGAUUGGGCUGGGUGAAUAUUUUAACUUAACCGGUGGUGACGUUGGUCUAGCUAUUAAUCAAGCUUCGGCGCUUACUCAAAACAUCCAAUUUCUGGUUCGUUUCUCUGCCGAUAUCUCCAAUCAACUUAUGUCAGUAGAAAGAAUUCUAGAAUACAAAGAAUUGAUACCAGAACAGCAACCAGAAAAACCACUAUUACCUUCAAAAAGUUGGCCCGAUAAAGGAAUUGUUAGUAUAGAACAUCUAAAUAUGAAAUACAUCGAGGACGGUCCCACUAUUCUAAAAGAUGUCAGUGUUAAGAUUAAUCCAAAAGAAAAGAUUGGUAUUGUGGGCAGAACAGGAGCAGGAAAAUCCUCACUAAUAUCAGCCAUAUUCCGAUUGACUCCUCUAGAAGGUAAAAUUUACAUUGAUGACAUUAACACCAAAGACAUAACACUUAAACAGCUUCGGUCUAAAGUUUCAAUCAUACCCCAAGAUCCAAUCUUGUUCUCCGGCACCUUGAGAUAUAAUUUAGACCCGUUCGAUGAAUACAGCGAUGAAACGUUGUAUAGAGCCUUAAACGAAGUUGAACUAAAGGAUCCGAAUAACAUUAUUAAUCGUUUGGAGAACAGAGUCAUGGAUAGAGGAUCAAACUACAGCGUUGGGCAAAGGCAGUUAAUAUGUUUGGCUAGGGCUAUUAUAAGAAAUAAUAAGAUUUUGGUCUUGGAUGAAGCUACUGCAAACGUGGACCCACAAACUGAUGCUCUAAUCCAAAGAACCAUUAGAGAAAAGUUCGCAGAUUGUACAGUUUUAACAGUUGCUCAUCGGUUGAACACAAUCAUCGACAAUGAUCGAAUAUUGGUGCUUGAAGCAGGAGAAGUUGUCGAGUUCGAUCAUCCGUACUUAUUAUUACAGAACAAAUUUGGAGUAUUCAGAAAGAUGGUGGAAGAAACUGGAAUAGCCAUGCUCAGACAGUUUUUGGAAACUUCCAGUCAGAAUUAUCAAAAAUUAAUUGAUUAGUGAUCUGUUAAGUUUCUGUAUUUGACUUGUAUUAUUUUUUUUAUAAACAGAAAGUGAGAUUUAUAUUUAUAUUAAGGCAAAAAUAAAAUUGAAUUUGUUUUAAGUCUA